CCGAGCAUGGCUACCCAAGCACGCCACUGCCGCUGCUGGCCAAUUAUCCUACCCCUUAUUUCAAGCCUUACCCUGGAAUGUAUAGUCGAAGUGUAUUCUGUGUUAAUCUGAUGCCACAGAAUAGAUGCCACAACACAUCUCCUAAAUUAGAAUGCCCAGGCCUGCCGGGUGACUUCCGUUUUUCAAUAGAGUGUUUCCGCCCUCACGCCACAGCACAAAGCCAUCCGUGCUUUUACAAAAUCGGCUCCCAGACUAACACCGCGGGUCCGGAACGCAUCCGCUAUCGUCAGCUGUAAAGCCUUUUCGUGCUACGGAGCAUUUUUUUCCAACAUCUGGACCUCCCCUGAGCCAGAUGCCAUGCAGACCGGUCCCCCUUGGGUCUAUUGUCUCACCGUGGCUGACCUCAAAACGAAAGGGAUCGUCGCUUUUCGGCAGGCUCCGGACGAAACGAGUAGGUAGACAUUCCUCUCAUAUCUGAAUGAGGCAACCAUUCUCAGCAGUAUCGAGGCCAGUCCGCGGUGGUCAUUGGUGGAUCAGGAUUACUGAGAUGUGAUUGAUGUUCAGAGUCGGAGACAAGUCUCGACCCAGUGCAGUAUGGUGAUAGUCUUGAACCUCCAUCGGACCUCCACCGAGUGAUUUGCCAGGGUAGCUGGAGGCAUCCCCGUCAUGGCGUGCAUCUUGCGUCGUUGGACCAACAUGUCUCAGGACCGAAGCCGGGAUCUGCGCAUUUAGCUCCAUCACAUGUGCGCAAGGUCGGAGGUCGACAGAAUAGUCCAGGCAUGUCGUCUCGAUUCAACGAUGGGAUCCUCACAUCCUGCUUACACGAAUCCGAAAGGUGGUGCCAAAGCAGGAACGUUGCCUAAGCGCCUCACACAACAUGGACACACGGCUUAUCCGCAGUCACGAUUGUCCGACCAUGAAAUGAGAUCUGAUGGGGAAAGGAUAACCUACGAAUGACGAUGCCUGACAUCUAUCUCCCUAGUUACCAGGGUAUCUUGCGCGCCGAAGACCGAGAGCCCGGGCUAGAACUGAUUAUUGAAUCAACCAAACGCGCGCCUGGAUUCAAGCCUCAUACAGGGACCUGGGGAUCACGGAUCGCGAUUGCCAGGGCAUGGGAUAGCCAAGCAAGUGCUUCUGGACCCGACGGCAGGGAGAUCAACGUGGGCAGCAUGAGUGGCCGGCCAGCUGAACACCCCAAUUUGCGUAUGGCGGGCAUAGGCAGGUAUCCGGAUCACUACAUAUAGCGAUGGCAUCAGGGUAAGAUAUUCCAGGGCUGCCGGAUCUUCCUGCACUUGUCCAGUACAGCUUUAUUUUUCUAUGCAAUCAACCUUCGUGGUUCCGCGUUCUUCAUCAGCGGCUAACACGACCCAUCCGCUCGUUUACAGAAUCUUUCAGGUUACUUGCACGACUUUGUCGAUCCCGCUCUCGUUAUGGAAACUUUAACAGAAUCUAUCAAAAUGGCGGCGACGACGCGCGAUGUGAGCCCUGGCUCGCCCACGGCCACUCCCUCAUCGCCCGCGGGUGUCUGGAGCUCUGGUGAGGCCACGCCGGUCACAUCGCCUCCAAGUUCCCGUGGCGAGUCCCCCGAGCCCGUAGACAAGCCAGGUCGACUCGACCAGGUUCCGAGGCACUCUCGCUCAGAAGCCACUUCCAUCGUGACACUCCCGUCGGCCCCUCCGGUCAGAAACAUCUGUUUCGUUGGAGCAGGCUUCGUGGGUGGCCCCACGGCAGCCCUGAUCGCCUAUCACAACCCUACCAUGACGGUCAACGUCGUAGACCUUAACGCCGAUCGCAUCGCAGCAUGGAACGCGAACCACUUGCCCAUCCAUGAGACAGGACUCCCUAAGAUUGUGCGCAUCGCCCGUGAUGGCACCAACGAGGCCCUCGUAUCCGGAUUGCCUGGCGUGGACGAGGCAUCCGGCGGUGUCCACCUGCCGGCCCGGAAGCCCAACCUCUUCUUCUCAACCAACGUUACCCCUUGCGUCGCGAGCGCGGAUAUCAUCUUCAUCUGCGUCAACACACCAACCAAGACCUACGGCGUUGGAGCCGGCGCAAGCGCGGACCUGUGCGCUCUGGAGUCGGCGACGAGAACGAUCGCGAUGAACGCCAAGAUCGGCGCCGUGAUUGUUGAGAAGAGCACAGUCCCCUGUGGAACCGCGAGGAUUAUUUCGGAUAUCCUCCGCCAAUACCGGCCGGAGGCCCCCUUCGAGGUCCUCUCGAACCCAGAGUUCCUCGCGGAGGGAUCCGCGGUCGCCAACCUGAUGCGGCCGGACCGGAUCCUCAUCGGCAGCGGCAACGGGCUGGCGGGACUGCGGGCGGCGUCGGCGCUGCGCGGCGUCUAUGCCGCCUGGGUGCCGACCGAGCGCAUCGUCACGGUCAACACCUUCUCGUCGGAGCUGGCCAAGCUGGUCGCCAACGCGAUGCUGGCCCAGCGCAUCAGCAGCGUCAACGCCGUCAGCGCCCUGUGCGAGGAGCUCGGCGCCGACGUCGAGGAGGUCAGCCGCGCCGUGGGCAACGACUCGCGCGUCGGCUCCAAGUUCCUGCACGCCGGCGUCGGCUUCGGCGGCAGCUGCUUCGAGAAGGACAUCCUCAACCUGGCGUACCUGGCCCGGUGCCUCCACCUGCCCGAGGUCGCCGACUACUGGACCAGCGUGCUGAACAUCAACCGCUACCAGCGCGAGAGGUUCACCAAGACGGCCAUCCGCAAGCUCAACGGCACCCUGAGGGGCAAGAAGAUUGCCGUCUUCGGGUUCGCGUUCAAGGACAGCACCAACGACACCCGCAACAGUGUCGCCGUGCACAUCAUCGCCGAGCUGGCCCUCGAGCAACCCCGUGAGAUCGCCGUUUUCGACCCGGGCUGCGCGCCGGAGGAGGUCGAGGACGAGAUCCGGAGGCUCGUUCGCGACGAGGCCACUAUGAGCCGCAUCAAGAUCACUAACGGCUGGAAGAGCGCCGUCGAGGGCGCCUCCGCCGUGUGUAUACUCACACAGUGGCAGCAAUUCCGCGGCAAGGCACCAGUGGCACCAAACAUGCUUGCAGUCUCAUCCCCAAAGAAGCUGUUUGACCUCGUCUCGCGUGGCGAGAAAGAGCUCAGCGAGAUGGACAUCAUUGGGCUCGAGAGCAUCGCGGCGAUGACAGCCGGUAAGAACACGGAAGACCCGCUGCAACGGCUUGUACCGAGGGACUCGUGCGAAGCUGGCUGCAAGGAAUGCCAGCGGAACUCCAAGCUGUCCGGGGACAAGGACGUUGUGGACUGGGAGGUCGUGGCGGCCCUCAUGGAGAAACACAGCUGGGUGUUUGACGGCAGGAACGUGGUGGACAGUCUUUACCUGAAAUCUCUUGGCUUCAAGGUUCACAGCAUUGGAAAGGGGCUGUGAUGACCAAUCGCUCAUGUAAUUACACACACAUACACUUUUUGCAUAUUCUGGCUUCCAAGAUAUUAUUGUCUAAUUCUCACAACAUUCAGCUACUCGAUAUCCUCGCCAUGCAUACAGAUACUGUGACUUUCACCAGGGUUUCUUGGAGGUAUGGGCAUUGCAA